AGAAAGAAGAAGCUCGCGAGUGAUGUUUGUGUAUCCUCAGUGUUUUAAAAAUGUUGAUGAUGAGAGAUGAGAUGGAUGUGAUGUGCUGUAAAUCAGUAGGAACUGAUCUGUCCAUGCUGGAUAUUGAUGAUUUCAUCACAGAAAUCUCUCAGCUGAAGAAAGAGGUGGCGUUACUGGAGACAAAGCUGAGGUUAAGAGGAGAUGAAGGACUGAAGAGAGAGGAUCUCAGUCUGUCUUUACUCGGUUAUACUGAGUCAAAGUCCACAGAUGCUCAGGACACAACAGUGUGUGACAGUAAUGAGGGCUUACAGGAGGAUCAAACCUCCACAGAGUCUCUGGAUUCUGUCUGUAAUGCUGGAGAACAGCAGCAGAUCCUGCAGACCAAACUCAAGAUGUGUUCAGUUAAACUCAUUGACUUCAGGAACCUCAUGAUGAAGAUCAAAACUGAACCCGCAGAAACAAAAACUGAACCCACAGAAGAGGAAGAUCAUGAUGAUGAAAAUGAGGGCUGUGGUUAUGAUUAUAUUCCUUCAGAUGAGAGGAAUGAUUCAUGUUCUGAAAGAGAAAUAACGUCAUCAACAUCAAAAGAGAGAAAACACACAGAACAGAAACUCUUCACCUGCAGGACAUCUGAGAUCAACUUUACUACCUUACAAGAGGAGAAACUUCAUUCAGAAGAUCACAGAGAGACGAAGAAGAAGAAGAGAAAGAAAAAGAAGAUUGAUUGUCAGCAGUGUGGGAAGAAUUUUGACUUCUUAUCUCGGCUACAAGUUCACAUGAGGAGACACAGUGGUGAAAAGUCUUUCCACUGCAGUGAAUGUGGCAAAUAUUUCAGCAGCAAACAAAAUCUUGAUGCUCAUCAGAGAAUUCACACUGGAGAGAAACCUUACAAAUGCUCUCAGUGUGAGAAGAUGUUUACUCGUUUAGGUUCCUUAAAAGCCCAUGAGAGAGUUCACACUGGAGAGAAACCUUAUCACUGUAGUGUUUGUGGGAAGAGUUUCAAUCGACAUUACAGUUUAGUGACACACCAGAGAACUCAUACAGGUGAAAAACCUUACAAAUGCUCUCAGUGUGAGAAGACGUUUGCUCACUUAAGUUGUUUAAAAGCCCAUGAGAAAGUUCACACUGGAGAGAAACCUCAUCACUGUGGUGUUUGUGGGAGGAGUUUCAGUCGACAUUACAGUUUAGUGAAACACCAGAGAACUCAUACAGGUGAAAAACCUUGAGACCCCAUGAGACCCCCUGAAAGACUUUGCUUUCUUCAGUAUAACCCAUUCAAAUCUUUCUAAAUAAAUUAUAUACGUAACGUGAUGAAAACACUAUAAGAAACACAUAGGAAACAGACUAGUCUGACAAAACACCAGACCUCUUCUCUAAUUAUUUUCUAUUCUAAUUAUUAAUAGAUUUCCAGAUGAUUUAAUCAUUCCAGUCUGUCCAUUUAAGGGCUUAUUUCAACCACUAGAGGUAUCACAAAGAUUAAAUGAUAGUCUAAUCGUGAUUGUCUGACAUCGUCGCGAUGGUGUCAGAUCAUUGCAAUGAUUGCACAUCUCUAAAAAAACACAAGGGGAGCUGCAGCGCAUGUAUAAAUGAGACCGUAUCUGAUGCCGCCAUUUAAUGCAGUGGAAAAAAACUGCUGCAAAACUUUAAUAAAUAGUAUAAACUGUUAAAACAUACAUUUCCAAAACAGCAAUUCCAAAUUUAGGUUAGUGAAUAGUGCUGUGACAGAUCGCAGUUGAUCCGUACGACCCGCAUGUGAUUCGUGGAAUAAUAUGCAAAUUUAAAUAUGGAAAGUUUAUAUUUGCACGUGUUUCAAAGCCUUGCAAAUGUUAACACGUAAAUGAUUUUAAACAAUUUAAUCACAAAAAGGCGCUAAAGUGAGCAGUGUUUUUUACACACAUGCGGUUGAAUGUGUCCGGUCAAGCUCAAGUCAUCACUGUAUCACGCCCUUCAAAAAUGCCCAGAACCUUUGAUGUGUAAACUUUAGAGAGAGUUGUGCUAUUGUAUCUCAUACUGUAGUCCAUUUAACAUACAUUUGGCGAAUAGAGCAAUGGAAAACGACGUUAUGUGGGGCGACUGUUUGCGGUGUUUGGAAUUUGCCCUCCGUUUAUGUGUGCGUGCACGGGUUUAAGUGCCCUCAGUAGUACAGAGACGCGUUUCAAAAAGCAAGCGAACAUAAAAUCUUUCUGUUAUUGACUGGGCACCUACAAACAAAAUGAUCUCCACAGUUUUCUUUUUCUAAUAAAAACAUUUGUUUAUGUCUUAAGUGUAUGUAUAGAUUACAGUCAGGAACCAGUCUGUGCUCUUUUGGUCUUAAAGAGACAGUAACCUUAAUUGACAUACUUAAGUCUGUGUCAUUAAUGUUGAUCAAAAAACCCAAGACAUUCAUUAUUAUUCAUUUGAUUAAAUUUUAUACCUUAUGCUAAUUUAAGACCUUGCUUAGGCUAUGUCCACACGAAGCCGGUGCAUUCCCUAUCCGAUCAUUUUUUUUCCUUGCUCUAAAAAAAUAAUCCGUAUACACGAAACCACUGAAACCGACUGAAAGCGGUGUAGUCCGCCGUUAUUGUUGUUGCUGUUACGUGUGACGCUUCCGACACAUGAUGUGAUGACGUUUUCGCUUCACAAAAUAUACGGAUUGGCUGUACAGACGAAACCGCAAGGGUGUCGGUUUCAGAUGUAUCCAGGGACCCGGUUUCAAAAAAUAGCGGAUUCAGUCUCCCAAAACGCCGGAUCCAUGUGGAUGAAACGCCAAUACGAUAACAAAUUUAUACCUAUACAGUGAUACGCGUCUCCGUGUGGACAGCCCCUUAAUGUGCAACUUUUUUCUUUUUUUAUAAAUGUUUGUAAUUUCUUUAUUUGUUUAUUAGAUUUUUCCCACCACUUUUCUUGCUGAUCCGAAAAAUUAUCCGAUCUGUUCCUCAAAAACCAUCAUGUGAUCCAAACCUUGAAUUUUGUGAUCCGUCACAACCAGGGCUUUGAACCAGAAUUUUUUCCCAAUUGGUUCGUUCCGAACAGAAACAGUAUUUUAACCUUUCCGGUUUUCAGUUCAACCCUAAAAUUAAUGUUCCAUUUGUUGAGUGCACUUAAACACACAGCCGGAGGACGAAUUCCAAACGUCGCUUCGGGAAGAAGAUGCAGCAUAAACAGUCGCUCCACAUAAAGUGAAAAUGACGUUGUUUUUCGGUUCAAAAAACAACAGAACCAAAGCCUUGGUCACACCCCUACAAGUGAAGAUGCUAUUCUUAAGUAUACUUUGAAGUGGAUCAAAAAAGUUCAUCAAAGUUGUCCAAAGACAAGAACGGGUGUUGGGAAUUGGUUUUAAGAUAACUUUUAUGAAAGGUUUUGAUCCACUUCAAAUGUUGACUAUUAUAUUUAUUGCAGCCACUACAGACCAGUACUAAUAUGACCUUAGUAGGUUGGCUAUUAUUUAAGGCCUGUUCUAGUAUAGUCAGUUUAUUUCGAUUGCAUUUUUAUUUUCAGUAAUUUUUCAGACACUUUAUUGUGUUUAUUUCUUAUAAAGAAUGUUCAGUUUUUGAAAGAUAUAUCAUUAAAUAAUUACUUUUAAAUAUGUGCUGUGUGUAUUAAUUACUGUCAGGUAAACCUGGCAAAAGAGUUAAAUAAUUACACCAAUGUGUGAAAAUUAUUUCAUGAACAACACAAAAAAAAGAGAAUUACAUGUCAAAGCAGUAAAACAGUGAAUUAAUCGUCAAACAUCAAAAUCCUCAAACAGGAUGGGGACCCCCGAUUAUUGGUGCGAUGGGUAAUUUGCACACUGCUUUACAUUUGAAUUGGCUUUUGUAUUAUGAUGAUCUAAUAAAUUGUUAUUUUGAAAUGUCCUGACGGUUAGUAUUAUCGUUUAAAAUGUAAUUAUCAUUACAACCGUGUUUGAUUACCGUGAUUUUGAAAACUUGCGGCAAAUCCUGUCCAGCCAGAAUCAGUUUGACGGAGGCGCGCACAUGUGACAUAUUUUUUUUCACAAGAAGGCAUUUAAGGGAUAAUGUAUUGUAUUCAUUCACUGUAAACUUUUUAGACAGAUUUAUUGUUUUUUAGAACAGAAAUAAUUUCAGGGACAUGAAAUAUUAA